AUGUUAGAUGAACUAUAUAAAGCAGAACGUGGAGAGAUGGAAAAGAAACUUCAAGCAAAAGAUGAAGUCAUUGAAUCCAAAGACAAAAGCAUACAGAAAAGAAUACCACGUUCGGUACCAAAAGGAAAGGAAAAGAGUUAUAAGUAUAUGAUAUAUACUGAAGAGUUGGAGAAAGAAGAAGAUAGAGAUAUGGUUAUGUUGCAUUUAGUCAGAAGAAACAACAAAAGCUUUUAUGACCUUGCUAAGAUUUACAAAUCUGACAGAAACUGGUUCUAUCGUGAAAACUUACCGAUUUCAAUGACACCGAAUGAGCAAAUAAAGGAAAUUGUCAAAAAUACUCUUCCUCAAACACACUAUGACAUCAAAGGUUGCACAAUACUUACAUUCAAAGAAGACUUAACAUUACUGAAGGAAAAAAUAACAGAAUAUUUCGAUAACUUCAAAGAGGAAGAAUAA